CCCUAAUUGACAUAAUCUUCGCGGUUCUUCAUCAGGCGAUUCGAUGGGGAAGAGGAAGGAGCGACGCCUCGCGGCUAUGAGCGCUGCAAAUCGAAGAGUGAAGCUCGAUCUCCUUGCGGAACCCUCUGAGGAGGCAAACUACAAUUCUAUUAAUGAGGAAGCUGGUGUUAAUCAAGAACACGAUCAUUCUGCUAGUGCUCCUCCUUCACCAUCUUCGUCAGGUCAUAAUAAGGAGAAUCCACUGCUCUUACUUGGACAAUAUAGUGAUGAUGAACUGGAUGAUGAAGUAAAUGUAGUGCAGAAAGAUGCUGAUGAUACAGAUUAUUCAACGGGGUCAGAGGAAAAGGAGCAAGCAGUAGCAAGUGAGAAUUUAGGAAAUAACAAGUAUGAAGUUAUUGAAGCUAGCAUUUGUAAACGAGACUUGGAAGAAGUAGGCAGUCCUAAAGAAUUGAAGGCAAAUGAUGGUGAUGCUAUUAAAAAUACUUGUGUGGAUGUUGAGCAUAGUGAAGCUGAGCCAUUGUCUCAAACUUGUGAACCCAAGCCUUCUGAGAAUCAAGCUAAAGGUCAUAUUAAUGAACACUGGAAACUGGUGUUGCAUGAGGAAAGCAAUCAAUACUAUUACUGGAACACUACAACAGGAGAGACCUCAUGGGAGGUGCCUGCAGAUUUGGCUGUUGAGGCACGAAAUAGAGAUGAACGAAGUGUAUGUUCUGCUAACGAAGAAAGCAUUGCUAAAUCUAUUGAAGCUCAUACUUUUACCAAUGAAAACGUACAUACAGGAAUCUGUGAUCAAGUUCUUAGUGCUGAUGGGCAUGAAACUAGCAAUUUCAUUUCCAAAGAUACUGAGGGAUAUGAAAACAUGGAAUUGAGAAGCGCAAGGGCAUCUGAUAGCUGUUUAAGUACAGGACAAUAUUGCCUUGAUAGUGUUACCGCAUCUUAUAGCAAUUUAUCUGGGUAUUCAAACCUCUCAGAGCAUAUUGAGUUGCAUCAUGCAUUGAGUAAUGAAGAGACGGAUGUUAACUUGCCAAGACCAAGUGGUUGCUGUGAAAGUGAAGAUGCUCAUGCUUCUCAGCUGAUGAAACAUGGUGAAGCCUUACUGCAGAGGUUGGCUAUGUUAUACAGGUCUGCACAACAGUUUGAAGGAUAUGAAGGGAUAAAAAAGGAGAUUGAUAUCAGAAUAUCAGAUUGCAGAGCUCUUUCAUCAUAUGGUUCAUCUUUGCUUCCUUUUUGGUGGCAUAUUGAUGUACAAUUGAAGCAGAUUGAAUCUGCAAUUAACAAAAUUGAAGCUUCGAAUCUUGUUCAAACUGAAGAAUUCAGUGAUUUCAAUGCUAGGCAAAUGGCUCCUCUACAACUUUCAAAUUUAGAUGUUACUGAGAAGGAUCAUGAACUUAUUGUUUCUACUGAAUUUGUAACUGACAAGAUCAAGAAUGAAAAUGAUGAUAUCGAAAGGGCUUCUCCAGAAACUAAUCUUCAGCUGCAAGGAAGUGAGCAUCAACCAAAGAUUGUUCCAGAUGCCAUUCUGAUUUCAGAUUCUUCUUUUGCUGCACCUACAUUAGUUCAUAGUGCUGAAGAUGAUAUGGAUGUUGAAAUGGAGAUUGAUGAAGAGACUUCGUCACCUCCAAAAUCCAAUACUGAUUGCCUAUGUAUUUCAGAACAGUUGCCUAAUGAAUCCAUCGUGCCACCUCUUCCAGAAGAGGAAUGGAUUCCACCUCCACCUUCUGAUGUUGAACCAAUUCCUCCUCCACCGCCUCCUGAGGGUGAAUUGAAUUCGCCUGAGGAGCCAUCUGCACCAUUUCCUUCAUCCAAUACUGAGACAAUGAUCUAUCCAUUUCCAGAUCAAUGUAAUGUGGGAUACCACAUUCCAGCAUAUGGUUAUUAUUCCUCCUCAGUGGCUGAAGUCUCUAAUGGAAACUACUAUGGUAUUGCUGGAGGCAGUCAGUUCAGCGAAUCAGACCUACCAGCUUACUACGAACCUCUAGCUAGUGCUUCAUCAGAAUUGUCUUCUUGUGUUGCGGCAGUUGGGUCUGCGACAUACUAUGAUGUCGCAAAUGUGUCUAUUUCUUCUGGAACCGUUUUAAGUAGCAAAGAACCCUCUGCAUUCUAUGUGGAAUCCAGUGCUGUUAAUUAUCAGGAUUUUGCUCCUGUUAGUGUUUAUUCUUCAGUUGUCGAUCUUCAUUUGGAUUCUCCAGGAAAUUAUCUGCCCAAGGUAAGUAAGGAGCCUCAAUUAAGCACUUUACAGGCUUCAUCCAGCCUAUCAACUGUUCGAGCUUUAGGAGCUUCAUCUGGAAAUGAUAGCAGUUUAGAUCCUCAACCUCCAGUUGUUUCCAAGAAUCAAUCGAAAGUUGUGCGCAGCAAGAAGCGUACUGUUGCUGUUGCUCCAACUCUGAGGUCUAAUAAGAAAGUUUCCAGUCUUGUGGAUAAGUGGAAGGCUGCAAAAGAGGAGCUGCAUGAGGAGGAAGAACCUGAGAGUGCUCUUGAGAUUCUGGAAAAGAAACGUCAGAAAGAGAUAGAGGGAUGGCAUGCUCGGCAGAUUGCCACCGGGGAAGCCCAAGAUAAUGCAAAUUUUGUUCCUUUGGGUGGUGACUGGCGAGAAAGAGUGAAACGUAGAACUGCUAGAGCAAGGGCUGAAGAUGCUCAGACAUCAACCGCAACGGUGGUGGAUAAAGAGAAAAAACAGCCUGAUCUCAUUGAACUCUCAAAAGAUCUUCCUUCAGGAUGGCAGGCUUACUGGGAUGAUUCUACAAAGAAACUUUAUUAUGGAAAUCUCACCACCUCCGAGACGACUUGGAAUAGGCCGACAAGAUGAAUUUUUCUCCUGUUGUUUACCAGUGAGCCCCUUUGCGGAACUCCCCUGCUCAAGUAUUAUCACCUUUUGUGCUUGUGCUUACUGUUCCUGUGCACCAGUUUUGUAUUAUUUUAUUUUGACGUUUUGUAGGUCGUUAGUUCUUUUUUGAAAAUAUUUGAAAUGGAUCUCAGCGUGUUAAUAUUUAUAUUUCAUUUUAAUUUUUAUGUAAUGCAAAUAUUACCAUCUAUACAUGUUAUCCUUUUAUU